GCAGGUAGAAUCGCAUUGCCAGGUGAUUCGGUCGCAGCUGCUGUCAACCACUAGAGUUUCGUCGCAAUACACUUAGUCAGGCUCGUGGUAGUUCCGCCAUGUCAUAUUUCGAGGACCAGCCUAAUUCAGAUGAGGUGCUUGAAAUUCCCGUACGGCUGAUGCGAGCUGUGUGGGCCUGGCCCGACGAGUCUCGACACCCCGCAGCUGCCUGGCUGUCCAUCAACGUCAUUUGCGGUCCGCUGCUCGUCCUGAUGGCUGCCAACACAGCUUACAUAUUCUCGGGAGAGUACGAAAGUUACCUCACCGUACUGGGAGUUGUCGGGGACGUGGUGGCCGUCAUUGUCGUCAUUGCCAAAGCCUUGUGCCUGCAUCACCAUGGCUGCGAGCUUUUGGCGAUAAGAAAAUGCUUGCAGGACUCGUUUGAAAGAGUCGAAAAUAUGCUGGCCCCUACUGAAGCGCGUGUUGCCAACUACCGGUGCAUUGUCCAAACAAGAAAAUUUUGCAGGUGGAUGCUUUUUUUGUACAUUCCAUUUUCGAUCAGCGGUAUCGUACUUAACGUCUAUAAUGCAACACUGCCCCCUGACCAGCGGCAGCUCAACAUUAAGAUUCCAGCAUUUAUCACUCGCACUUCUUACACCUAUUGGCCAGCUCUGCUGCUAAUAUGUGUGGUUUUUUACACUUUUCCUCUUAUUAGCGGUAAUGAUAGUGAAAUGUAA